AUGGAGACCAAGAAGCCCAACAUCCUGUACAUCAUGGCGGACCAGAUGGCCGCACCCUUGUUGUCGCUGCACGACAAGAACUCGCCCAUCAAGACGCCAAACCUGGACCGUCUGUCGGCCGAAGGUGUCACAUUUGACUCGGCGUACUGCAACUCGCCGCUGUGCGCGCCAUCGCGCUUUGUAAUGGUCAGCGGCCAGCUGCCCUCCAAGAUUGGCGCCUACGACAAUGCGGCGGACCUGCCCGCCGACACCCCAACUUAUGCUCACUACCUGCGCCGUGAGGGCUAUCACACUGCUCUUGCUGGCAAGAUGCACUUCUGUGGCCCGGACCAGCUGCACGGCUAUGAGCAGCGUUUGACCAGCGACAUCUACCCCGGUGACUACGGAUGGUCCGUCAACUGGGACGAGCCAGAAAUCCGUCUGGACUACUACCACAACAUGUCCUCGGUCAUGGAGGCCGGACCCGUGGUGCGCACUAACCAGCUCGAUUUUGACGAGGAAGUCAUCUACAAGUCGAAGCAGUACCUGUAUGAUCACGUACGCACUCGCACUGAUCAGCCAUUCUGUCUGACGGUGUCGAUGACGCACCCGCACGACCCCUACGCCAUGACCAAGGAGUUUUGGGACCUGUACGAGGACGUCGACAUCCCGCUGCCCAAGAACGGCGCCAUCCCACACGACCAGCAGGACGCCCACUCGCAGCGGGUCCUGAAGUGCAUUGAUCUCUGGGGCAAGGAGAUGCCCGAGGAGAACAUCAAGGCCGCUCGCCGCGCCUACUACGCCGCCUGCACCUACGUCGACACCAACAUCGGCAAGCUGCUCAAGGUGCUGAACGACACCGGCCUUGCGGAUGACACCAUCAUCGUUUUCACCGGUGACCACGGUGACAUGCUCGGCGAGCGUGGUCUGUGGUACAAGAUGACCUGGUUCGAGAACUCGGCUCGCGUGCCCAUGCUCUUCCACUACCCCAAGAAAUUCGCCCCCAAGCGCGUGCCCGAGAACGUGUCCACCAUGGACCUGCUGCCCACCUUCGCCCAGCUGGUCGGCGCGCCCAUCAUCCCCGAGCUGCCCAUGGACGGUGUCUCGUUGGUUCCCUACCUGGAUGGCUCUGAUGGCCCCAAGACCGACACCGUGUACGGCGAGUACAUGGGCGAGGGCACGCAGGCCCCGCUGAUCAUGAUCCGCCGCGGCCGCUGGAAGUUCAUCUACUCGACCCUGGAUGAGCCGAUGCUGUUCGACCUGGUCAACGAUCCCGAAGAGAAGGUGAACCUGGUGGCCGGCCUGCCGGUUCCCUCGGCGUCUCACAAGCCCGCGGCCGUCAAGCCCGUUGCCACUGCUCUGGCGCCCCAGUCCCUGCCCACCCCUCUCGAGACCCCUCGCGUGUCGCCGACUCCUCAGCGCGGCAAUCAGACCUCGUAUCCCUUCCCGGGAGGAGUGACUCCUCCGCGCACCCCCAGCCCGUCUAAGCGGGGCAACCUGCCCGCCACUCAGAACCCAGCGAAGCUGCUAGCCUUCUUCAUGGAAGAAGUCCACUCCAAGUGGGACCUGGAGAAGAUCCGUCAGGACGUGCUGACCUCGCAGCGCCGCCGCCGCCUGGUCUACUCGGCCCUGAUCAAGGGCACCCCGACGUUCUGGGACUGGGAGCCGCGCGUCGACCCCAGCACCCAGUACGUGCGCAACCAGGGCAAGGGCGUGCUGGACGACGUUGAGUUGAUCUCGCGCUGGCCUCGCGUGCUGCAGCAGGCCGCCACUGCCAACGGCAUCUCCAUCUAA